AUGUCCGUCAGACAGUCAACAGGCUCUGGCACUACGAGAUCGGCAAGCUCCCGCAGGUCACCGAGUCGGCAUUCAUCAGGGACAGAGAACGAAAAGCCCACUGAUGAGCAAGUUCACGAGAGACCUUGGAAAUAUAUCGGCUACAAAGGCUACGCCGAGUUCAUCUCGUCCGAGGACGACUUUUACCUCCUUCGCAGAUUCGAUACUCUGAACAUACGGGCGACACUAGCUCUUCAAGAUGAGAUCUCCCAACUUGAGCAGCAGCUCGAAAACCUUGACCAGGAAAUGCGCCGAGUAAAUGGGUCACACUACAACAACGGCACGAUGAGGGGUGACGAAGCUGAUCGGUCAGCUUUGCUUAGUGAAAUCACCAGAAAGUUGAAAAAUUAUAACGAAUUUCUCAUCCAACAAACCGUCCUCAGGAAGUACCCGAAGGCACCAAAGCGAGACAGAAGAAGCUUGAAAAACUGGCAUUUUAACCAUGAUUAUAAGGCAAUCCAUCAUGAAGAACAACGGUAUCUUGAUCGCGACGAUCUGGUGCCCGUAGCAUUCAAAGAGAAAACCCCUCUUCGAGAGGUCAUUGACAGCUCCCUGCGACUGAGGACACUAUCCAUUUGGAGACACAAGGACAAUGUAGCCCCAACCUACGACUCCAAAGAGGUAUCAUACUACUCGGACAAGAGAAUGAACGCAUUCGCCUCGGCAAUGAUCAUUGCUAUUGGUGUCACCAUGCUCAUUACUCCAAUUUGGGUUUUGCAGAGAAUGGAUGACUUGAAGGAAAAGCUUGCUGUCAUUACGGUAUUCAUCUUCGUAUUCCUACUCGUCAUGUCGUUGGCUAUGGUGACCAAGCCGUUUGAGGCCCUUGGAGCUACAGCAGCGUAG